GUACCAUGAGCUCCCAAGACACGACAAGAGCCAUUUUUCGGCUCAAAAUCUCUCUCUCUCUCUCUCCGUCGCAAAUUGUCCUUUCAAACCGCUUAAUGGAGAUCGAUGAAUUUCAAACAACGACUCAACCUCUACACGGAUCAGAACAUCUGGUGUCUAGGGUUUCGAUUUCCUCAGUCGAUAAAGAAGCCACCAAUCAGUGUUCCAUAUCUCACCCGGAUCCAGAGGAAUUGAAGCAACAAGAAGAGGAUGAAACAGUUUGUCUCAUGAGCCAACAUAUGGCGAAGCAUGAAGAUUACAAUUGUGAGUUACGUCCACCUAAGACAGAGAACAUUGAGAAAUUGAGAUUGGGUAAACGUGAAGAUUGUAAUAUUGAAUUUCCUCAACAAGCAACACAAGAUAAUGAUAAGAACAGUUGUUUAUUGUGCCAAGAAAUGUCUGAACCUGAAGAAUGUGACUUUGAAUUGCCUCAUUGUGCACCAGAGGAAGGGCACGGGGUUCUCCUGAGCCUACAAAUGGCUAAACCUCAACAUGAUAUUGAAGUAAGUCAGCACAAAAGUGGGGAUAGCGAUCAGAAAAGUGGUUUUUUUGGCCAAGUCAUGUGUGGAUAUGAAGAAUGUGAUAUUAAAUUACCUCAAGGUGCAAUGGGGGCAAAUGGUGAUAAGAAUAGUUUCCUGGGUCAAGAAAUGGAUAACCAUGAAGGCUGUUACACCAAAUUACCUGAACAUUUGAGGGAGGAGAGUGGUGAGAAGGGAGAAUCAAAUGCCAGCCAGAAAAACCUAGGAAAAUACUUCUUUUAUGACUCACCAUUUUCUGAAGAAACAAGGGUUUGGAUUCCUGUUUCUGUUCCGCCUCUAUCUGGAAGCAAGCACGAAGAAUGGGCCAGAGGUUUGUAUCCAAGUGGGGGAUAUUUCCCAGAAGGAGACAUUGGUUGGAGUCAGUGCAUUGAUGAAGAUAAAGAGAUGUCCAUGUGGGAUGUGGUAAUUGAAAUGGUACUUGUGGCUCGGGGAAAAGUGAGUGCUUUUGCUUCUGGUGAUAUUCGGAAACAUUCAUGGAUAUCAAGCCACCUAAUUGAGCAAGCUGGGAAAGAGAUGGCUCAAACUCUUACUGAGGCCAAUUUUUCCAACACAAUGGAGAUUCUUGAAGCAGAGCCACCCAAAUGGCUGCCUGAUAGUGCAUCUUCUAGUUGUAUGCUCUGUAGCAUUCGCUUUCACCCUAUCAUAUGCACCCGGCAUCACUGCCGUUUUUGUGGAGGAAUAUUUUGUGGUGAGUGCACUAGAGGAAGGAGCCUGUUGCCAGCCAAGUAUCAUUUGAGGGAUCCACAACGUGUAUGUGAUGUAUGUUGUGUGCGUCUUGAAUCUGUCCAGCCAUACUUAAUGGAUCAAGUAAGCCAUGCUGCUCAGUUACCUACUCACGAUGUGAUUGACCUCAGCACUUUAAGUUCAUGGGUCAAUUUUCCAUGGGGUCAGUCCAUGGAAUACGAGAUUUACAAGGCCACAAACACAAUUCAAGGUUAUAAUUGUAAGGUACGUUUUAUGUCAAACCUGAAGGCGAUUCCUGAAGCUAUUCUACGAAAAGCAAAAGGCCUUGCAAUACUAACUGUUGUGAAAGUUGGCAUGAAGGUAACCUACAACAUUGGAACAGGACUCGUAAUUGCUCGUAGGGAAGAUGGCUCAUGGUCUCCGCCCUCUGCCAUAUCAUCUUUUGGUGUAGGUUGGGGUCCUCGGGGAGCUCAGGCUGGUGGGGAAUUAAUGGACUUAAUAAUUGUACUGAGAACACUUGAUGCAAUCAAGACGUUUAGUGGUGAUGCGCAUCUUUCAGUAGGAGCUGGUUUGAGUGCAGCUGUUGGCAUUGUUGAACGGGUGGUUGAAGCUGAUGUGCGAGCUGGUGGUGGUGGCUAUGCUGCUUGUUAUACAUAUAGCUGCAGCAAAGGCGCUUUUGUUGGAUGUUCACUGGAAGGGAGCAUCGUGACUACCCGCACACAAGAAAAUUCUCGAUUCUAUGGCAGCCAAGCAAUAAAUGCAUCCAAUAUUCUUCUGGGCUCCUUACCUAGGCCACCUGCAGCUGCCAUUCUAUAUUGCGCGCUUGGAGAUUUAUAUCAAAAGCUCGACAAGUGAUCGGUAUGCUGAGAGAUUUAUAUCAAAAGCUCGACAAGUGAUCGGUACACAUACGAGAUCAAUGCUGUCAUGCAACUUUCUUGCGCAGAUCUCCUUGUAAAGCGCGUUUGAAGUUUAUCUUUAUUUGCUGUAAAUAGUUCAUAUGCAAAUUAUUGUACAGUAGUUUGUGAGAAAAAAAUUCUUUGGUGAGGGCUACUUCAGUAGUGUAAGUAUAGAGAAACAAAAAUGGCAUGGUCAGAAAGCUGAUCGCAGGAUUGGGGUGUAUAUAAGUCUGGUUGUGAAUAACUCGACUGCAUUUGACAAGAAGGAAGAGUAACUGAAGAUGUAUUUGUGUCCGAAUGACUUGUAGCUAAUUUUCAUAUCUUGGUUUUUCUGUCAUCAAGAAUAGCAAAA